AUGCGAGUGAUGAUACCAAACCUUCCAAUUACGUCAGUUGUUCCGACAUCAUUUACUAAUACAUAUACAUGUUGGAAUAAUAAUAAUGCUCAAGUUCAGUAUGAACCAAUGGAACUACCUACUUUACAGACUACAUCAGAUCCCGUAUCAUCUAAUAUGACCCUAGUCGACCGUAUGACAAAUGAAUAUUUAUCUGAACUUAAUAAUAUCCAAACAAGUCAACCAUAUAUGACUGAUAUCAUGUCUACCAACGUUAGGCAAAAUCUCAUCGAUAACAUUAAUAGAAACAAUCGCGUCAACCCCUGUGAAGAAUUAAUGGAUUGCCUACCUGUGACUACAAGUUCUAAUGCAUCCAUAAAUAACCAAACUAAAUCACAUAUCGAGACGAGUAAUCCAUCAACAUUUUCAUUAUCUACACUUAUUUCAACUGUUAACGAAAAAAACGAUAACAACAAUAAAUCAAAUUCAAACCAAUUAUCUAAACAUCAAAACACACUGUUUGUGUCAGGUUUACGAAGUAAUGUAAGUAAAAGUGAUAUAUACAAUCAUUUUACUGAUUGUAUAAAAGUUAUAUUCAAGCAAUAUCAUUCAACACCACAUUUAAAAUAUGCUUUUGUUGUUCAUCGUACACAUGAAAAAGCUAGACGUAAUCUUCGUCGGCCUAUAAAUCGAUCACUUCUUGGUUCACAAUGUCGUGUCGAAUGGAACACUCAUUGUUCAAAUUUUUCUAUUAAUGAACAAAAUAUUGAGAAUAGAAAAAUCGUGAUCCGUGGAAUACCAGAAAAUGUGAUUGAGAACGAUUUGCGUGACUUAUUCGUCAACUGUCACAUACUGAAGUAUUGUCCUGCACGUCGUAUCUACUCUUCAGCAACUACAAUGGAAACCAAAGGUCAAAAUAAAAUUUUGCCAGGGUAUGCUUUUCUUAUCUACGAUACCGAACAACAAGCAGCAAACGUAAUUGAACGAGCCGAUCAAUAUAAAAUCAAUGGACAAUCACUAGUUAUUUCUUUAUAUCAUCAUUAA